GGCGCGCGGCUAUAGAUGGAGCUCGGGAGCCCGGCGCAGCCCAGCGCAGCCCCCCGAGCUGCGGGAUGGUGGCGGCGGGGGGGGACGCGGCGGGGCUGGCGAUGGCUCAGAGCGCCGUGUAACGGGAGAGGGCCCUGAGCCACGCGGGGCGAAGGCAGCGCGAUCGCAGGAGGAGCCCCCGGGGUGUUUUCCCCCCACCCCCCCCCUCCGGCGAGGAGGCCGCGGGAGCCCCCUCUCCUCCUCCGGCUCCCUCCUCCCUUCCCCCCCCCAAAAAAAAAUAAAACCUCCUCCCAGCGCACCAAGGAACGAUGAAAAAAAAUAAUUCUGCGAAAAGGGGGCACCAGGAUGGAAACCAGCAACCUGUGCAGCCGGAGAAGGUCGGCUGGGUGCGGAAAUUUUGCGGGAAAGGCAUUUUUAGGGAAAUCUGGAAAAACCGUUAUGUGGUUCUGAAGGGAGAUCAGCUUUACAUCUCGGAGAAGGAGGUAAAAGAUGAAAAAAACAUACAGGAAAUGUUCGACCUGAGUGACUACGAGAAAUGUGAAGAGCUCAGGAAGUCCAAAAGUAGAAGCAAAAAGAACCACAGCAAAUUUACCCUCGCCCACUCCAGGCAGCCUGGAAACACGGCACCAAACCUGAUCUUCCUGGCCGUGAGUCCGGAAGAGAAAGAGUCCUGGAUUAACGCCCUCAACUCUGCGAUCACACGCGCCAAAAACCGCAUCUUGGACGAGGUCACUGUGGAAGAGGACAGCUUCCUCGCCCACCCGACGCGCGACAGGGCCAAGAUCCAGCACUCCCGGCGCCCUCCCACGCGGGGACACCUGAUGGCUGUGGCAUCUACCUCAACCUCCGACGGCAUGCUGACCCUCGACCUGAUCCAGGAGGAAGACGCCUCUCCGGAGGAUCACGGCACCUGCGAGGAGAGUUUCCGGGUGGAUCUGGACAAGUCCAUGGCACACCUCACUGCCGGGCGGCGCCGCUCCGACUCGGAGAACACCAAGGCGCCGGAGAAAGGGCGGACGGGGAGCCUCCCGCGGCGGGAGGUGACCUCGUGGGACAGGGCCGGGCAGCGCAAGGACUCCUUUGACAAAGGGACCAUGUACACGCCGCAGGUCCCCAAAAAGCUCUCGUACUCAGAAAAGAAUAAAUGUGCCUCCAUGGAAGAGAUCCUGUCCCGCCGGGACUCUUCCGCGCACCGGGCGGUGCUGAGGAGGGGGCUGGAGGCUCAGUUUGCCUCGGCAGAGCCGGAGCAGCUGUCCCGGAUACAGGAACUGGUUGCACUGAAACUGGAAAAAACUCAGGAACUGCUGACAGAGGUGAAGGGCUACGGGGAAGGCAAAAGAAAGACCAAGGACUCCAACACCAGCACCACCACCACCACCACCACCACCUCUUCUUCCUCAUCACCUUCCAAGUCGGACUCUGAAAGGAUCCUGCAGGAAUCUGAGAGGCUGCUGGGGGAGGCUUCCUCCACCUGGAGCCAAGCCAAGAGGGUGCUGCAGGAGAUCAAAGAGCUGAGGGACCUGUACAAACAGUUUGAGCUGCAGCAGUCAGACUCGAAGCCCAAACAGAGCUCACAGUCGCAGUUCAGGAAGAGCAUGAUGUGAAGGCAAGCCUUGGGACGGGAGGGAGGGACCGGGGAUGGCAGCUGUCUGGUCUGGUUUUGUUUUUUUUUUUAAUUAUUAUUAUUUACAGUGUUCAAAAGAGUGAAAAGGUGCCUGUUCUCACCCAAAUUUGCUUCUCAAAGCUUGGACCCUUCCUUUCCUCCAGCGCAUCCCCUGAUGAAUCAACCCUGUGUUCCAAUAAAUCAGUUACAGUUUAUACCUCCUUUGUAAGAGCUCCCUUUGCACCACAGGCCCCGGGUUGUGCCGUGCUCGGAGGGCAGGAGCGAGCACCGGCUCCCUGGAAGUGCCCGUGCCUGCCUGGAGCAGCCCACGGGGCGGAGGCUCUCGCACUGGACGAGCCCUGGCAUUGCUGCUCCCGUGUCUGGGCUGUGUCCCAGACCACAGCUCCUUUACCUGGAGGCUCAUCUUGGAAAUAAAUGACACGAAAAGGUCAUAAAA